AUGGAGGACAACUCUUCAUCAUAUAGUAAGCCAACAUGGCAAAAUUGUGUUCACUGCCCGAGUUUGCUUUUUACUUCUGCCACGGAAUUUGAAAGGCAUGUUCAAGACAAACACAGUUUAAAGGAGGGUUCCAUAAUACUUUGUCAAUAUGGACAAAAUGGAAUGUGUUCGGCCUUGCAAUUUGGUGAUUUACGAAAAGCAGGUUUCAAGUACCAUGUAAGAGAGUACCACUUGUACACUAAAGACACAAAUGAUGACUGGACCUUCUAUUCUUCUUCACAAAAUCUUCCAGCAGUAUUAAAUGAUCCUAACAGAGGCAAACAGAGUAAUUUUUUUACGAAAACAUGGGGAGACAGUUUUAUUGAUAAGGUAGAUAUAUAUCCUAGUCCAUAUUUGCCAGAGAUUACUUUAGCCCAUUUUGAAUCAUACUGUAAAAGAGUAUCUAAAAAGUAUCGCCGCCACUGUAGACUCAAAGAAGGUGUCCCAGUCAAAAGUAAAACACCAAUUGUGGAAAAUAUAUGUGAGGUACCUGGUAUAUUUUAUGAACAGUCAUUGCCAUUAAAUAACCCUGAAGUAUUUAGUAAAGUAUUCCCUAGUCUCUGCAACUCGGAAGACCCAAGCAUUGCAAUAAGAUCACUACAAGAAACACUGAGUACAUACCUAGAUGUCAUAGAGAUGAAAAUAUCUAAACAAGUAGCCCAGAAAUCAGAUGCAUUCUUUCAUGCUAUGCUGUCUCAUGAUACUAUUAUGGAGCAGAUGGCUAGGGCAGUAAAAACUGUGAGAAAGACAAGACAAAAUAUAACCAAUGUCAAGGGAAAUCUUACAGAACGUCCGUUAAAACUGGCAAGCCUAACAAGAAUUAAUCACAAUUUAAAUAAUGUUCAUGAUUUAUUGAAACUAAUGGCAACCGUUCAACAAACACAACCAAUGAUACAGCUGCUUUUAAGUACUUCUGAUUAUGUGGCUGCUUUAGAUCUUAUUAGUUCUACACAAAAAGUACUAUCCACACGAUUAUCGGGCAUACAGGCAUUUCGCCAUCUUUCUCCUCAAUUAACUGAAAUGAAGAGAUUGAUACAUAAAAUGUUAAGUAAUGAGUUCCUAAGAUUUAUUGUAACCGACUUGAAUAGACCUCUAAAAGAAGACUCAGAUAUUCAUGAAAGAGAAAAAAUUGUAUCUAUCGUGUCUGGCAUUCUUCGUCUUAAAGAAUUUGACUUUAUAGAUACACUCAAAAUUGAAGCAAUGACUUCUAUUCAAACCACAAUAAAGCAAUGUGUUAUAGAAAUAAUUUCAGAGAGAGAUGGAAGCACAGAGAUUGUGCUCAGAGGAUCAAGUGCAGACAACACACGAUUACUAUGCAAUGAAGGCAUUACUUUUCUCCAGAAAAUUACACCAAACAUAAUGAAUCUAUUUAAAAGAAUAUUAGCAGUUAACAAUUUGAUUUUGGAAAUUACUCAAAUGGAUGAUGUAACAGGAAAUGACAGUGAAGAUAUUUGGACUGCAGAGGAACUACUCUCUGUUGAAGAAAAAUUAAAAAAGAUGGUUGCUUCACUUUCAGAUUACUGUAAUGAAAGAUGUGCUAAUCUCAUAGUGACUAAAACUGACAAGGAUUAUGUUUUUUCUGACAUGUCUCAAUUAUCAAUCUUAUCUAAACUUAUUGAAGAAUUUUGUAACAAAUGUGAAGAGAUAACAGGGCAUUGUAGUAAUGCAAUGAAGUUAGCACUAAGAAGCUAUGCUAUGAAAUAUAUACAGUGCUUGCAUGCAGAACGAAGAAUCCAAUUGACCACAGCACUCAACACUGAAAGAUGGAAAGCUGCAGAUGUUCCAUGUGAAUUACAAAGUGCUAUUAAUGAAAUACAUGAGACCGGAGAAAUUCCAAAUUCUCAAAAUUAUGAUAGUGGUAAAACUGAUGGAAAAUACUUACUAAUAAAUAAAGAGAGUUAUGCUGUUGUGGCUACAAUUCAACUUUUAAUAAAAAUAUUACUGGAAUAUUGUGAUGCAACAAAACAGUCACCCGUUAUUGUCCAAUACUUAGUACAUUGUAUGUUAGAAUUGAUCCAAUUGUUUAAUUCUCGGUGCUGUCAAUUGGUACUAGGUGCUGGUGCAAUACAAAGUGCAGGAUUAAAAACUAUAUCUACUUCUAACCUGGCAUUAGUUUCUAGAUCUCUACAGGUUGUAAUCUGGAUUCUUCCUAAAAUUAGGAGACUGCUUGAGAGGCAAUAUUCAAAGGAAUUGUCUUUAAAUGGUUUUAGUAAUAUAGAGAAUGAUAUAAUUAGCCAUAAGCUGGAAAUAGAGAAUAAAAUUUGUGUUAUAGUUAGUAACAUGCUCGCAUCUCAACUUACUACAUGGGAUGCAAAACCACCUGUUCCGUCUCAGACAUUCCGAAAUAUUUCUAAGCACUUAGUUAAAUUACAUGAAGCCCUCAUUGACAUCUUACCAAAUGAACAAAUAAGGACAAUUUAUAAGAGAGUACAUGAUAAUUUUAAAGAUAAACUUAGAGAGCAGUUGCUAAAAAUGAAUAUAGUUGCAAAUGGUAGCCCUCAACAUGGUGUUGUUACAUCAGAAUUAACAUUUUACUUGCAAACUCUUAAAACAUUGCGAAUUAUCAAUGAAAAUGAUGCUGAGGACAAUAUAUUGUAUGAUAUUUGGUUAAAUUAA